CUCUUAAAAUAUCUGCUAAAUGAUCAUGUUGUAUAUUUGUACUAGUUUAUACCGGUAAAGUGUGUGUUUGUUCGACAGCAGGUCGGCGAGAGCGAGUCAAACUCUGCCUUAUUUACAAAUACUGGAGUUAAAUCUACCGAGCUCUAAGCUUGAGAAUGAAUAUUCUUCCGUAUGCGCACAGUAUUACUCUCACUUGAGUUUAGUACGAUAAACCCUUUAAGAAUCCAGUUUUGCAUGUAUUUAUGGGUUUUUAUCUCAUUUGCUAGCCGGCUAACUGGUGUUGUGUUUGCUUGCUAGUAAGUUAGUGCGUUAAAGCUAAUGCAGAUAAAUAAAGUUCAUCAUGACAAAGCGUUAUGAACGGAGUCACAAAAAACAGUAUCAUUAUCAUAUGAUCUUAUUUUACUCAGUAAUAAUAAUAUCCCAAUAUAAGGGUUUGUUGUUAAGCACAACUGAACUGAAAUUCAUGCAAUUCAUCUUGAACAUUCUGCCUGAAAAUCAACGUUAGCCUCCAGUGUUGUUUUUGUUCUCUAUGCUCUACCUGCGGCCGGUGGAAGAGGAUGAAUCUGCUGUUGAGAGUCUGGAGCUGAACCGAGCUGUGGCUGACGAUGACCAUUUCCUGUUGGCUGAGCUACUGUCACAAGAACGCUACAGGAAGUGCAUUAAUCAGCAGAGCGGUUGGGGUAUCCCAGGUACCCCGUUACGCAUGGCUGCAUCCAAAGGUCACCUGAGAUGUCUGCAGUUGCUCCUGGCUCAUGGGGCAGAUGUGGAUCCCCUUGAUGUGAAAGCCCAGACUCCUCUUUUCACUGCCGUGUGCGGGCGUUACUUGAGCUGUGUGCUCGCCCUGCUCCGUGCUGGGGCUAAUCCGAACGGAAGUCACCUGAACAACAGCUCGCCCGUGCUCACCGCCGCCCGAGAGGGUGACCCGGAGAUCCUCCGCCAGCUGCUUCAGCACGGGGCAGAGGUCAACGCCAGGUCAAAGGUGACGCUGUGGGCAUCGGGGGUUGCUGUGUGCAGUGGCCCGCUUUACCUGUCAGCCAUAUAUGGACACCUGGACUGCUUCAAAAUGUUGCUGUUAUAUGGGGCGGAUCCGAACUAUAACAGCCCAGAGGAGAAGGUGAUUGGCAGGGCCACGCAGCAGAAGACGGUCCUGGAAUUGUGCCUGAGACACGGCUGUGGAGUUGAAUAUAUUCAACUGCUCAUUGACUUUGGGGCAAAUGUCUACCUGCCCACCCUCAUUAUAGAGAAGAGCACCAAACAGAAUGAAGCUGUUGAGCUGUUGCUGAAAGAGCGAGGGUGUCCAAAGUCUCUGGCAUCUCAGUGUAGGUUAGCCAUUCGUAGACACCUGAUACAGGUGAACAAGAUUCACUCUUUGGACUCUCUGGAGAUUCCACCCAGACUCAUCAACUAUCUCGAACACAAGUCUAUGAGCAGUGCAUUAGUUUACUGACAAACCAGAGCAUAUUCAACUGUGCCUUACUAAAGGACAGACUGGAUCAUUCACACAUAGACUGGACAGGCAGACCAUACAGACAUCUAGAAGGAAGGGAACAGACAGAGGGUCUGUAAUGACGUGAACUCGUUCGUAUGCAAUCUCCCAGACGGACCGAUACACUGCUAACAACCUCAGUUUACAUAUAUGGUGUGUGUUAAACUUGAACAUCCUUAUACAUUAAUUUGCUUGAUAGUCAUUUAAAAUUGUAAUGUGUAAUAUUACUGUAUGUAAUAUUACCAGAAGUGUUGUCUAGUAGAGUUAAUGCUCUAGAACUAUGCGUUGUCAUACAGCCUUGUUCUCUCUUUUCAUUUUCCAUAGUAAAUUAGGCUGUUGUAAAAAUGAUUUUUACUGAAUAAUUAGUGUUUUGUUAAAGAGUUACAGCUUAAUGAAGGAUGUAAACUUGUUGGUAACUGUCUUAUCAAUCUUAAUAUGACAUAUAAAAUCCAUUGUGAUGUACUUGUGUCCAUGAAUCCCUUGUUUAGAGCAGAUGCACUCUUCCAACAGAUGUCGUAUAACCUCCAGGGUGUGCAGGUGCCAGGUAGUGUGUAUUGGAGAUCAUUCUGUUCAGAUCAAGGAUUUAUGACACAUGUAUUGAAGUAUAUAGCUUGAGGAUUUCACUUGAGGAUCAAAACGUGUAUCAGUUUAUGCUAAUGUAAUAUACAUAUGGGCUUCUGCAAGUAUAUUUAACAACAUUAUUAUGCAAUGGAUGACAUCUGGCUUGUUAGUCUGUUCAUAAAAUUGAAGUGCUGAACAUCA